AUGAAUCCCUUGACAUUAGUAAAACGUAUCCAACAGAUAAAUUCAAAAGAAGCAGCACUAGGUAUUUCCGAAAAAGCUUCAUGGCAUGUUCAAUAUAAAGAAUCUCCUUAUGUAUUUGUUGGUGGUAUUCCUUAUGAUCUUACUGAAGGUGAUCUUCUCGCUGUUUUUGCACAGUAUGGAGAGAUUGUUGAUGUUAAUCUUGUCAGGGAUAAAGCGACAGGUAAAUCAAAAGGGUUUUGUUUUCUUGCAUAUGAAGAUCAGAGGAGUACAAACCUUGCUGUAGAUAACUUGAAUGGAGCUAGUGUUCUUGGUCGAGUUAUUCGAGUUGAUCAUGUCGCUAAGUACAAAAAGAAAGAAGAGACGGAUGAAGAAGAGGAGCAGCAGAAGAGGGAGGAGCGUGGUGUAUGCCAUGCUUUCCAAAGGGGCGAGUGUCAUCGUGGAGCUUCGUGCAAGUUUUCACACAAUGAACAAAGAGCUGCAAACACUGGCUGGGGUGCCAAGGAAGAUACCGCUGCAAGAUGGGGAAAAUACAAGUACGAUGGUCCAACAAAAGGUCACAAAAUUACAAUGUGGAAAGAUCGACAGCAAAAUGUCAAAUGCAAAAGAUUAAUCAAUGUCGACAACAAAGAACUUAAACGUCAGAAAACAUUGGCGACAUAG